GCCCGGGCGGCGCUGGGCGGGCAGGUGCCCGCGCCCCUGAGAGCAGCACCUCCGCCGAGCCGCGCCGGCACCGCCGACCGGAGGCGUCCUGCCAGGAUGGUCCUGAGCGCGCAGGGCAGCGGUGAGCACGGCGCGGGGGGGGCUGGCGGCAGCCCCGCGUCUGACCCGGUCCCGCACCACCGGCUGCAGGUGCCCAGCGACCUAACCCCGGAGGAGUGCCAGGAGCUGGAGAACAUCCGCCGCCGCAAGCAGGAGCUGCUGGCUGACAUUCAGCGGCUGAAAGAUGAGAUAGCAGAAGUGACGAAUGAGAUCGAGAACCUCGGGUCCACGGAGGAGAGGAAGAACAUGCAGAGGAACAAGCAGGUGGCAAUGGGCAGGAAGAAGUUCAACAUGGAUCCCAAGAAGGGCAUCCAGUUCCUGAUCGAAAAUGACUUGCUGAAGAACACGUGCGAGGACAUCGCUCAGUUCCUUUAUAAGGGAGAGGGCCUCAACAAGACCGCCAUCGGGGACUACCUGGGCGAGAGGGAUGAGUUCAACAUCCAAGUUCUGCACGCCUUCGUGGAGCUGCACGAGUUCACUGACCUGAACCUCGUGCAGGCGCUGCGGCAGUUCCUGUGGAGCUUUCGGCUGCCGGGGGAGGCGCAGAAGAUCGACCGGAUGAUGGAGGCCUUUGCCCAGCGGUACUGCCAGUGCAACCCCGGCGUCUUCCAGUCCACAGACACCUGCUACGUGCUCUCCUUUGCUAUCAUCAUGCUGAACACCAGCCUGCACAACCCCAACGUCAAGGACAAACCCACGGCGGAGCGCUUCAUCGCCAUGAACCGUGGCAUCAACGAUGGGGGGGACCUACCUGAGGAGCUGCUGCGGAAUCUCUAUGAGAGCAUCAAGAACGAGCCCUUCAAAAUCCCCGAGGACGAUGGCAAUGACCUCACCCAUACCUUCUUCAACCCUGACCGGGAGGGCUGGCUCCUGAAGCUAGGAGGCAGGGUGAAGACGUGGAAGCGGCGCUGGUUCAUCCUGACCGACAACUGCCUCUACUACUUCGAGUACACAACGGAUAAAGAGCCCCGUGGCAUCAUCCCCCUGGAGAACCUGAGCAUCCGCGAGGUGGAGGACUCCAAGAAGCCCAACUGCUUCGAGCUCUACAUCCCCGACAACAAGGACCAGGUGAUCAAGGCCUGCAAGACAGAGGCAGACGGGCGGGUGGUGGAGGGGAACCACACCGUGUACCGCAUCUCAGCCCCCACGCCCGAGGAGAAGGAGGAGUGGAUCAAGUGCAUCAAGGCAGCGAUCAGCCGGGACCCUUUCUAUGAGAUGCUGGCCGCCAGGAAGAAGAAGGUGUCCUCCACAAAGAGACACUAGCAGCCCCCGCUGGCCCUGCGAGACCGGCAUGCCCCCGUCAGUGCGAGCAUCUCCCCUUCCCGGAGGGCUGCAGCCCGGCCCGCGGUGCCAGGACCUAGCUUCAGCUUCGCAGUUUCUUUACCGUGGGGGGAGGGAAGGGGCAAGGGCGUUUCGGUGGCUCUGGCCCCAGUGCCACCGUCUCACCUCCGGACAGUGCUGGGCUCGAGGUGGGACACCCCUGUGCACGGGGAGUCCCCAGUCCUUGCUCCCAGGUUGGCCGUGGGGUGGUAAAUGCUGCCUGUGAGCACAGGGGCUGGGCAGCAGGGCACUCGGGCAUCCUUCCUGCUCUGGGUUCCCCUGGAUGGCAACUUCCAGCCCUGGGCGCUGAGCGUGCAACCGAACAGGAGGGAGGGGAGCCUGGUUUGGGGGAGGGCCCCGGGGGGACCCAGUGCUGGGGACAUGCUUCUGGGCCCCCCCGGCACUCGGGUCUCUUGAAGCACUUGGGGUGUCCCAUCGUGGGGUGAACAGCUGGCGGUGUCAGGGUGCUGCAGGCACUGGGGUGAAGGGUGGCAGGGCGGUGGGCACACGGCCCCGCAGAGGCAGGACUUGCGGCCCUCGUUGUAGCGGGCCUGGGUCUGUGCUGAGCUUCCCCACGCUGCUGCCUUGGAGCCCCCCAGGCGUGCCCCGCAGGCGCAGGGAGGUUGUCACUGUCAGUGCAGCGGUGCCACGGACCUGUCCUUGCCCAGCCUUAGGGUGCCAGAGCUGGGAUGAGUGCCGUGGUGUGGCUGCACCAGGCUGGCAGCGCCUCCAGCUCCUCCUUGCAGCCACAAGCCCUGUGCCAGGGGUGGCUGUCCCCUCGGCACCCAAGCAGGGGCUGGGACGUGCCCGGAGACCGCGCCAAGCACGGUGCUGUGCCCAUCGGGGCUGUGCCCCCCGUGCCUCUGCCUCGCAAGCACCGUGUCCUGUCCUGUUCCCCCACGCACGGGGUCUGGAGAGAGACGCCCGGAUCAGUAUUAGUCUAUUUAUCAGAGGUGUAAAUAUUCCUGUAUAGUUUUCUCCUUUUAGAUUAUUUUGUAUGUUGGGGUCGUUCUGUGCAGAGGCCUCUCCGGAGGGUGGGGUGUGGCAGGAUUUUUUAUUCUAACCUUUUUUUUUUUUUUUUUUUUUUGCCACGGCCUUGUAAACUAGUGCUGAGGAUCUGCAGCAAAUAAACACCGAAUUGCGCUCAG